AUCUGUGGCUGUGUCUGACAUCUUUCUUUGUGCAAUUUAUGUCGGGUCGCUCAUGAAAUAUCCCGUUAUUUCCCUUUCGUAAUUCAUCUAACAAAGGCAUUAUCUAUUUGUGACGAUCGGCCGUGGUUAGUGGAGCAAGAGCUAAAAAUCCGCAAGCGCUGGGUUCAGUGACACCGUGCCACGAAAUAUUUUAUUUUGAUCGUUUUUAGAAUAUCGAUUUUAGACACCGUGUGCAAGAUACAUGUUUAUAUGAAGUUUAUUUAUUAGUGUGAACGAGUGUUUGGCGAACAAGCAACAAGAUUUUUGUGUCACGGUCCAACCCAAGUUGAAUGAAGAGCCAGGAUUGAUUGUCUUUUAGAGUGCGCCGUGUCUUGGGGGAAAAGCACCCCGGGCACUACGGUGGCCCCAGACACACCGGCGCCAGCGCCCCAGCCUCCGGGGGUGCUGGAGAUGACGGGCACCGAUAACAUCCGGUUCAGCGGGCACACGCUGGACAAGGCCACCAAGGCCAAGGUCACCCUCGAGAACUUCUACACAAAUCUCAUCACCCAACACUAUGAGAGGAAACAGAGGCUGGAGAAACUGGAGGAGUCGCUCAAGGAUGAAAGCCUGUCGGAGAGCCAGAAGCAGGAGAAGCGGCAGCAGCACGCGCAGAAGGAGACCGAGUUCCUGCGGCUGAAGCGCUCAAGGCUCGGCGUCGAGGACUUCGAGCCGCUCAAGGUGAUCGGGCGCGGUGCGUUCGGCGAGGUGCGGCUGGUGCAGAAAAAAGACACAGGACACGUUUACGCGAUGAAAAUCCUCAGGAAGGCAGACAUGUUGGAAAAAGAACAGGUGGCACACGUGAGAGCCGAGCGCGACAUCCUGGUCGAAGCCGACCACCAGUGGGUGGUGAAGAUGUACUACAGCUUCCAGGAUCCCAUGAACCUGUACCUCAUCAUGGAGUUCCUGCCAGGAGGCGACAUGAUGACGCUGCUCAUGAAGAAAGACACGCUCAGCGAGGAGUGCGCGCAAUUCUAUGUCGCGGAGACCGCGCUGGCCAUAGACAGUAUACACAAGCUUGGGUUUAUACACAGGGACAUAAAACCAGACAACCUAUUGCUGGACGCGCGCGGGCACAUCAAGCUGAGCGACUUUGGACUCUGCACCGGUCUCAAGAAGAGCCAUCGCACCGACUUCUACCGGGACUUAUCGCGCGCCACCCCCUCUGACUUCAAUGCGUUAUACGAUAGAUAUCACCACUCUUCAAUUCCAGUAUCGACGUCGUCGUCCGCGAUGGAUUCCAAACGGCGCGCCGAGUCCUGGAAACGGAACCGCCGGGCGCUCGCAUACUCGACCGUGGGAACCCCCGACUAUAUUGCCCCCGAGGUGUUCUUACAGACGGGAUACGGGCCCCAGGCGGAUUGGUGGAGCUUGGGAGUCAUAAUGUAUGAAAUGCUCAUCGGCUACCCGCCAUUCUGUUCCGAGUCGCCGCAAGAGACGUACCGUAAGGUGAUGUCGUGGCGGGAAUCGCUCACCUUCCCGCCAGAAAUACCGAUCAGCGAAGAGGCGAGGGACACCAUACUACGGUUCUGUUCUGAGCCAGACCGCAGGCUAGGCUCGCAGCGCGGCAUCGAGGACGUGAAGUCGGUGCCGUUCUUCCGCGGCGUGGACUGGAGCCACGUGCGCGAGCGGCCGGCCGCCAUCUCUGUGGAAGUGCGCUCCAUCGACGACACGUCCAACUUCGACGACUUCCCCGACGUCAAGCUGGAGAUCCCCGCUGCCCCAAUAACGCAAGACGGCGAGGUGGCAUACAAGGACUGGGUGUUCAUUAACUACACGUUCAAACGGUUCGAGGGGCUCACGCAGCGCGGUACGCCUACCAAGAAGUGAACCCGCGGCCCGGCAGAGGUAACGCCCACGCACUGACAUCACACACAAAGUACGCGCCCGCUCUGCUGACGUCACGCGCGCACUUUGUCUGCUAUGUUAGGGAAUAUGUAAUACAUCAAGCUACAAUAAGCACUAGUUAUAGAUUUAUGUAUUCCGCUGCCUUGACACUCUAGUGGUUAAUCUUGUAAGACAAAUAUAUGGAUUGCAAUCACUCCAUGUCCAUAUGUUUUCUCGUGGCGAUCGUUUUUGCCUUUACAAUUUAUUGACGACUCCUUAGAUGCUAAUCAGUCAGUCCGCAAAUAGACACUAGGCAUUCGUAAUGGUGCUCUGGGCAGCGAAUUACUAAAUGAAAUACCAUUUAUUUAUUCGCAAUGCAAAUAUUGUCAAUGCCUCUAGUUUUAAAACUUGUCCUAUCGAAUCACUCUGUGUUUAACCAAUCCGUGUGGCAUCCAAAGUAGCCAAAAAGUUGGCAAAAUGUCUUUGUUACAAUUGGAAUAAGGUUGUAUUGUAAAUUUUUUGGCCACCGGGUGUUACGAACUAUUUGACGCUGAGUGUAUACGACUCACCAAUGCUUUUCAUCAAAACUCUUAUUUUUUCGUAGAUUUGGUAUAAAAUUAUAUCAAGCACUGAUCUCGUCUCCAUAUUCUAUACCAAAGUCAUCUGGCUUUAAUGAUUUCAGAUUCUAAGCUAUAUUAUCAAAAUAUCGAAAUAAUAUCAUAUCUGGCUGUCAUUAUUGUCUAAUAGAUAAGUCUAUCUGUCCGUGUCAUGUUCUAGAACGAGCUAUGCCUUGUCAUCAGAGAUGCGCAUUAUCAAUAUCUGUUCAGUUUUAUGACUAGAGGCAAAUGUAAUCUUUGUAUUUACAAUACAUGAUUAAAUUAUUUUAUUUAAAGUCCGAUAUAACUAAAACGUAACAUUAUUUAUGAUAUGUUUUAAUUUAAAUGCAAAAAUGAUUUAAAACAAAGUCCUUUAAAGAUUAUUAUAGCAUAUUUGUGAUUUUAAAUCUUAUUAAAUAUAUUUUUGUGAUUUUGGAAAGUAAUUAAUUAUAUGAAAUAAUAAGUCUUGGAAACAGUAGAUACUAUUUACAUACUAUAUGAUCUUUCAUAUAAUUGCAAAAGCUUAAGACACACAAAUGUAUCAUUAUGUUUGAUAUUGCGUUAGUUAGUUCUAUUAAAUAAUUAUUAUUACGAGCAUUAGCAUUGAUGAUUUAAAUUUUUGAUUAUAUAAUGAACUAAUACAUUAAUUAUUACACGUAGCGUAGAUAAUUGUUUUGAGUUAUUAUUUAUUAUUAUGCUAUUAUUACAACGUCUACGUAUAUUUAAAAUAUAACGCGAAUUAUUUUCAUAAAUCCUUGCCAAUUAUAUUGUAGAAUUACACACAUAUUCUUCUAAUAAUGUACUUCUUACUGAGCAAUUUUCAAAAGACAUUUCGUAUAGAAAUAUCUUUUGAAUUGUCGUCUAAAAUAACCUAGUUGUAGUAUAUAUUACCUCUGCUCGGUUUACCUAAGAACACGUUAGUACGCCGUAGGAGUGUCCUACAACACCUGACUUGCCUAAGGCACUCACUGACAUAAUAUAG